GCGUCCUGUGGGAGGUUCCCCUUACCUCCCUUGCGUUAAACACUCCUCAAAUUGUAACGUUAUCAUAAACAGUCCGGCUUCAGGGGGGCAUAAUCACCUCUCUCGGGCUUUACGGCGACUUCUCAUUGGACGUCAACACGCGACCAUCGCGAGGAGGGGGGCUCCCAGACGCGUGCCGCUUUUUAAACCGACGCCGCGCCUUGAGACACCAGAGAAGGAGUCCCGCACGCGACAGUCAUAUUCACACAGCGCGAGAGCAUAGCAGUGCGUGCCUCCAAGAACUUUUUCUAAUAUUGUUAGUCGGUUUUAACUUUACCUACCUUUUGGGUUUUUUUUGUGGAAACAUGGAUGUCCGAAGUGUGGAAGACUGGAGCAAAGGCGCACGCGAGGUGGCACUCCUCGACUCGCGGCAGAGGAGUCCCAGAGUGGUGGAGAGGGGAGGGGAGCGGCAGCUCGAGGAGUCCCGCUACGAACCUGGACUGACGCUCGUGGACAGCGGCAGUGACCCACGCGCCUGGCUGGCUCUGGUGCAGCCUUCUGGCACCUGCGCGGCACACGCCACUUCACCCGACUACCUGCUGCACUCGCCCUGCCCGAGCACCGGCUCCUUUCACGAGAGUGGCUCCCCGGAGUCCUUGGACCACCCCAGCCCUCCCAGCUACAGAAAAACUGCCAAGAGCCCCUCCUCUUCUUCGCUCAAAGUCAGGGACCUGUGCCGUCUUAAAGGCGCGGUCUCCGGGUCCGAGGAGGACGCAUCCUCGAGACAGAGAGCCCCGUCCAGCAGACCGGCCAACGGGGUCCAGAAGCAGAGGCGCGUGGCCGCCAACGCGCGUGAGAGGAGGCGGAUGCACGGGCUUAACCACGCGUUUGACGAGCUGCGCAGCGUCAUCCCGGCGUUUGACAACGACAAGAAGCUCUCCAAAUAUGAAACUCUACAGAUGGCGCAGAUUUACAUCAACGCUCUUGCUGAUCUGCUGGAAGGUCCGGUGUCCUCCAACAACAGCAAAAACGACGUCGCAAACAAUACCAACAACUCGCCAAAGUGUGACGUUAUGCUUUCACCCACCGUUAGCUUUGACGGGGCAAAGGACAGGGCUUCCCCGUCCCCGACAACCUGUAGGACAGCAGGGGCUGUGUCCGUCUCAGGUAGCAGCUUACCUGUGCACAUCAGCGGGAUGCCCUUCCGCUCCUCCUUCGACGACGCUUCCUUUUCCGCCAUGGUUGAAGAAGCGAUGUGUUCGCCCUCUCCUACGUCCUCCACUCGGGCAGUCACGUCGCUCGCACCUGUCGGAGGUGGGAGGAAGGAGUCUCCCCGGAGCGACGGAGAGUUUUCCCCGCACUCCCACUUUAGUGACUCGGAUGAAAUAGCGAUGGAGCUCCACUCAAGUGAAGAAGACGACCUUUCAGAACUCAAGCUUCGCCACCGUCACCACACAGUUUCCUUCUGAAUGAUUCAAAAUAAAAGUAACAGACUCUAUUAAAGGUUCACUAUAGCCUACAACAACAAAAAAAUGUCCGUAAAUCGUGUCAAUCAUAGUCUGUCUGUUGCUAACAAAAUGCAUUUUUAAGAGGAUAGAAAUUUUUGCUUCUUCAAAAAAGUCAUGUUCGAUUUUUACAAUAAUUCUAUUUUAUCAACUUGUUACAUAGUCUAAAGAUUAUUUUUAUGUGAGAUAGGCCUAAUUCGGUUUUGCCAAUAGAUGUAUAGCCUAUAAUUUCCAGUUUCCAUGGAGACGUGGCUGGAAGACCCCUCUGCCAUGUUGCGCGCAGCACUGCCAUGGGUAUCUCCCACGUCACUCCGACCAAAAAGCUGUCUUCCACAAAAUCAUAACUUUAUGGAUAAUUGCUUAUAUUUGAUAAUGUAAAAAAAACACAAUUUUUUGGUAGUUAUAAUAUGAUUUUUUGUUGUGAUUUAUGUUUUUAUUCGUUAAUUUGUAUGUAUAAUGUAUUUUGUUUUGCAACUUCAAAAGUUCAUGAUGUGCACUUUAAAAUUAUACGAGCCAGAGGCUUGAGAAAUGCGACUUUUGUUUUCAAACCAAUAAACAAUAUUGUUUUGCUUUGUUUGCUAGUGUAGUGCUGCCAAUUCCAUACAAAUAGCCUAUUUAAUGUAGCCAUCAUUGCUGCCUUCUUUUGUAUUUUCUUUUGUAUCUUCAGAUGAACUUGUGUGUCUUUUGCUUUCACUGGAUGAGAUUAAUUGACAUGUAUUUAUUACUGAUAUUUUUCAUUUGAUUUGCUUUUUAUAACUCCAUAGUUAAAUUUGGUCAAAAAAGCUAUCAUUAUGCCAUUUAUUGUUAUGUUAAUUUGAUUUUGGGAAUAAAAAAGCAAA